AUGGGAUUCUUUACUGAUAAUGCUUCUCCUUUUGAUGAUGUUGUUGAAAAAGUUACCGCAAGUGAUUUGACAACUGAAAAAUGGGAUGUGAUUCUUGAUAUUUGCGAUACUAUUAACAGGGAUCCUAAGCUUGCUCCCAAGUUGGCUUUACUCUCAGUCAAAAAAAGAUUAAACAAUCGUGAUCCUCAUGUUGUCAUAUUGGCUUUGUCCGUCUUGGACUCCUGUUGGAAUAACUGUAUUGCUUUCCGUAAAGAAGUUUCUUCUGCUAGCUUCAUCAAUGAGCUGCAGUCUAAAGCAACUCAUAGCGUUCGACAAGUGGCUGAGAAAACCCGUUUAAUGAUUAAAAAGUGGGUAGAAGCUGAAUGCAAGUCGGAUGCCUCUCUUUCUCUUGUCGUAUCGCUUUACAGAAAUCUCGCUGACGAGGGAUAUUCCUUCGAGCCUCAAGAAAACGUAAAGAAAGUCGUGGUCAGCAACGAUCCGAACGUUGUACAUUCACAAGAAGAAGAAGAUGAUAUUGCGAAAGCUAUUGCUCUUUCAUUACAAGAAGCCGAAAAGAAUCCUAAAGGUCAGGGUCUGUACCCUUCAGGGAAUUCUCAAUCCAAUAAGUUCCGUUCAACCACGUCGAAAUCAAAAGUAGCUGAGCGAACCGUUCGAGCAUUGUACGAUUUUGAAGCUGCGGAAGACAAUGAACUAUCCUUCAUCACAGGAGACUUCAUUGUCGUAACCGAUGAUUCAAAUCCCAAUUGGUGGAGAGGGCGAAUUGGGGUGCAACAAGGGCUUUUUCCGUCAAGUUUUGUAACUUCUGAUCUGUCCGAAAUAAAACCGGAGACCUCGAGAACUCUAGUCAAUUCUACUUCUGUAACUUCUAUCGAUGAAUCAGUGUUACUGAAAUGCAUACAACUAUUGGAGGACUGUGAUCCAACUGGAGAAAUCCCCGAUAGCCCCGGCUUAUCACAAGCUGAAGCAGACGCUCUCGCUCAGGCACCUUUAAUUGAUGCUAGAUUGGCAGCAGUUGAUCGACAAAGUAAUGCCUUGGCACAAAUGGACAUUGCCAUAAGAGACGUGUUAGCUCUGUAUGAUCAGGCUGUUCAGCAAGUGAAUCCUUAUCAGACGACAUCAUUCCAUCCUAAUCAAAUCCCGGUCCAGCAUGCGCAGUUACCUCCAGCUCAACAUCAGCUUUAUGGCUAUGGAGCUAACGCGAAUAUGCCUAAUGCUCAAGGAGCUGGAUACUCGCAACCUGGAAACAGCAUGCCUAACGUGUAUAUAUCUCAAGCUCAACCUGUCUACAGUACUAAUUAUAAUCAACAAUAUGCUGGUCAAAUGGUUAACCAAGAGUGGAAUCAACAACCAGCUAACUCAAUUCAGCAUCAACAACAACAGCAACAACAAUUUUAA